UCACUGUUCACUCAUCACACCUUGGCUGAAGAGCUCGAUUACACUCUGUGUGACACCAGGCUGCCUACAACAAAACCUGCUCAAGGAAUCAUGGCGAAGCGUGUUGCAGUUAUUCUCUCAGGCUGUGGAGUCUAUGACGGCACAGAGAUCCACGAGGCCUCCGCUGUCCUUGUCCAUCUGAGUCGUGCCGGAGCAAAAGUGCAGAUGUUUGCUCCAAAUGCAGAUCAGAUGCAUGUUGUGAAUCACUGNUACNUCCUCAGGUGGCCGUAUGCUCAGACAGCAGGUGCUGUGAAGGAGAUGGGCUGCAAACACGUGAACAAAGAUGUGGAGGAAGCUCACGUCGAUGUGAAAAACAAGCUGGUCACCACCUGUGCCUUCAUGUGCAACGCUCCCAUUCAUAAAGUUUUUGAUGGAGUUGGUGUCAUGGUUAAAGAGACACUGAAACUGGCUUAACAAGAGCUUUUUUACAUCAUAGAUGGUUAGAAUUAUGAAUUCUAAAAAAAACUCUUCCAUACAAAUUAUAUUGAGUUGUGUUACUUUGCUGUGGUUAUAUUGUCAGUGUUUUCAUUUUUUAAUAAAGGCUGCUCUUCAAAUGAUAA